AACUCGACAUCGAACAGAACUCGUCGAGUAGCAGACUUUGUAGAAACUCUGUUCAAUUGUUCUUUGUCUGCUCAGUCUGAGUUCCGAAAUCCUAAGAAACCACUUCAACACAACAACGCUAAACCAAAGCCCCAUUUUGUUUUUUCACUUAAAAAGCAAAUCCAAAAGUUUUAGCUAUGAUAAAAUAUUUCACCGCCCAUAAAAAAUCUCUCUUUCCCUUCCGUUUUCUAUCAAGAUCCUCCACUUUCUCAUCAUCCAACCACCCUUCACUCCUUAAACUCUCCAAAACCCCACCACCCUUUUUUUCAAAAACCUUUUCCAAUCCAAUAAUCCGGUCAUCCAAGUCCCAUCUUUACGCCUCACUUUUCUGCACUCUUAUCCACUUAUACUUAACCUGUGGAAGAUUUUCCCAUGCCAAGGAGACAUUUUUUGACAUGAGGAAACAUGGUUUUAUUCCUGUUUUGUCCCAAUGGAAUCAGCUUAUUUACAGUUUCAAUGCCUUUGGCUUGGUUUCCGAGGUAAUGCUACUUUACUCUGAGAUGAUAGCUUGUGGGGUUUUGCCUAAUGUUUUCACUAUAAAUGUUUUGCUUCAUUCUUUUGCCAAAGUUGGUAAUUUGAGCUUUGCCUUGGAAUUUCUUAGAAGUGUUGAUAACAACAAUAAUGUUGAUACUGUUACUUAUAAUACUUUGAUUUGGGGUUUUUGUGAGCAAGGUUUGGCUUUUCAAGGCUUUGGCUUUCUGUCCGAAAUGUUCAAAAAGGGUAUAAAUUUUGAUACUUUUUCAUGUAAUAUAGUUGUAAAGGGAUUUUGUAGAAUUGGGUUGGUUAAAUAUGGAGAGUGGGUUAGGGAUAAUUUGGUGAAUGGUGGGAUUUCUAAGGAUGUUAUAGGGUUUAACAUAUUGAUUGAUGGGUAUUGUAAGAGUGGAGAUAUGAAUUAUGCUGUUGAAUUAAUGGAUAGGAUGAGAAGAGAAGGUUUAGUGCCUGAUAUCAUUAGUUAUAAUUCUUUGAUAAAUGGAUUUUGCAAAAAGGGUGAUUUUGUUAAGGCUAAAAGUUUAAUCGAUGAGGUUUUGAGGUCUAGUAGGAAAAAGGAUUUUAAGAUUUUGGGUGGUAAUGAUCAUCAAAAUGAGGGUGAUAACAGUGUGAUGUUGGAACCAAACCUUAUUACGCACACUACACUAAUAAGUGCCUACUGUAAGCGAGAAGCGCUUGAGGAAGCACUUUCUUUGUAUGAAGAAAUGGUUGUAAAGGGGAUUUUCCCUGAUGCCGUUCCUUAUAAUUCAAUCAUAAAUGGCCUCUGCAAGCAUGGAAAGUUAACUGAAGCAAAAGUGCUAUUGAGGGAGAUGGAAAAGAUGGGUGUGGAUGCUAACCAUGUCUCUUAUGCUACUCUUAUGGACUCAUUCUUUAAAGCAGGGAAUUCCAUGGAUGCUUUUGCCCUUCAAAGUCUGAUGGUUGUUCGUGGAAUUGCCUUUGAUGUUGUUGUGUACACUAUACUGAUGGAUGGGCUUUUUAAGGUUGGAAAACCUAAAGAGGCAGAAAACAUGUUUAUUAAUCUUUUACAACACAAAUUGGUGCCUAAUUUGACCACCUAUUCAGCAUUGAUUGAUGGCCGCUGCAAGUUGGGAGACAUAAAUGGUGCAGAAUCUGCAUUGGAAGAAAUGAAGGAAAAAAAUGUUGUUCCUAAUGUUGUGACUUAUUCUUCUAUCAUAAACAGCUACAUCAGGAAAGGAAUGCUUGAUGAAGCUGUUAACAUUAUGAGGAAGAUGGUGGGUGAAAGUAUCUUGCCAAAUGUAUUUAUUUAUGCUGCAUUAAUAGAUGGAUAUUUCAAGGCAGGUAAAGACAUAAUUGCUCUUGACCUCUAUGAUGAAAUGAAACUGGUAGGAUUAAAGGAAAACAAUUUUAUACUUGAUGCUUUUGUUAACAACUUGAAAAGAUCUGGAAGGGUGGGGGAAGCUGAGGGAUUAGUUAAAGAUAUGACGUCUAGGGGCUUGUCACUUGACCAAGUAAACUAUACAUCUUUGAUGGAUGGCUUUUUCAAAGAGGGAAAGGAGUCAGCUGCUCUUUCCUUGGCCCAGGAAAUGAUUCAGAAAAAUAUACCAUUUGAUGUUGUUGCAUACAAUGUCUUAAUUAAUGGUCUUUUGAGGCUUGGAAAAUAUGAGGCACAAUCUGUUUAUGCUAGAAUGAGAGAGUUGGGUUUGGCUCCAGACCUGAUUACAUGCAAUACCAUGAUUAAUGCAUACUGCAAAGAGGGUAAGUUUGAAUAUGCAUUAAACCUCUGGGAUGACAUGAAGAGUUGUGGGUUAAUGCCAAAUUCCAUAACUUGUAACAUUCUGAUGAGAGGUCUUUGUAAAGCUGGUGAAAUUCAAAAAGCUCUGAAUGUUUUGAAUGAGAUGCUGAUUUUAGGCUUUUCACCUACUACUGCAAUUCACAGAUUUCUGCUUGAUGCAUCCUCAAGGAAUGGAAGGGCUGAUGCCAUUUUGUUAAUGCAUGAACGUCUGGUUUCCAUGGGUCUUAAACUUAAUCAGGCAGUUUUCAACACUCUCAUAACUGUCUUAUGCAGACUGGGGAUGACCAGCAAAGCCAUUUCAGUUUUAGAAGAUAUGACAGGAAGAGGCUUUUCAGCUGAUACGAUAACUUACAACGCCCUUAUACAUGGAUAUUGCUUAGGCAGCCAUGUAGAGAAGGGUUUUGCUACAUAUUCUCAGAUGUUAAGGGAAGGAGUUCCACCAAACCUUGUAACUUACAAUCUUCUUUUGAGAGGUCUCUCGAGUGCUGGUUUAAUGGAAGAAGCAGAUGAAUUGUUUAGCAAAAUGAAAGAAAAAGGCUUGAACCCUAAUGCUUCAACAUAUGAUACAUUGAUAUCUGGCCAUGGUAAGAUUGGAAAUAAAAAGGAAUCUAUAAAAGUUUAUUGUGAAAUGAUUACCAAAGGAUUUGUUCCCAGAACUAGCACCUACAAUGUGCUUAUCAAUGGUUUUGCUAAAGUAGGAAAAAUGGCCCAAGCUAGAGAGCUUCUCAAGGAGAUGCAAUUGAGGGGAGCAUUGCCUAAUUCUUCAACUUAUGACACACUAAUCUCUGGUUGGUGUAACCUCUCUGACCGACCAGAGCUGGACAGGGCAUCAAAAAUGUCAUGCCUAGUUGAGGUGAAAAAUUUACUUUUGGAAAUGAAUGAUAAACAGUUUACACCAUGUGAAAGUACUCUUUCAGAUGUCAAUUCUACCUUUGCAAAAGAAGGAAAGAAGUUCAAGGCUCAGAAUGUUUGGAAGGGACUAUACAAGAGAAAGAACACAUAAGGAAUAAGCUAAGUACAAAAACAGGGGAUUCCCUCGACUUGGAUAGCCAACCUUCCUGAUCUUCCUCGGGUCCUCCUUCAGAAACCCAGCUUCAGUUCUUUGUGCAUGUCAUUACGAUACAUGGUGAUUGUCGUGGGUUUCAUUUAUGGACUUUUUAUCUGCCAUUCUUAGUCCAACAGAGUCGAUUUCUUGAUCUUUGAGCGGCAAUAAUUUUCCAUUGUCAUGUAUUGGCGGUUGGAUUCAGCUUCAGGAAAUUUGUUUUUAGAGGCAAGAGUUCCAUGGUUGAUAUUUUAUAAUGCAAUUCGUACAUCUUUUAGUCAGUCAUUCGUCGUUUCAUAAUAGCCUAUUAAUAUAUUGUAUUGUACGAUACUUUGCAGAACUGCACCAAACCUCAUUAAUCAGUAUGCACUCAAUUUGUGGCAUGUAUGUCUAUCUUGUAUUGCUGGACAAGAUCCAGGGAAUUGCUUUUCCACCAGUAAUGAAGUUUCUAGGCUGAUUCGGAAAUAACAUUGGAACAUAGUCAUUGCAUGGGAAAGCAUUUGUGAUAUUUCAAUGUAUAGAGCUUGAUUUGCUAAGAGCUAGUUAUAGAGGUUAUAAAUGCUUUUUCUGAUUGUGGAAGAAGACUUGCUGAGACAUGGGGCUCAAAGCUUUUCAGUUGUAUCCAUCUUUUCAACUUUCAGUCAGGAAAGAAAGACUUCAUAGCUUGGUUACCGCACUUCGCUGUUGUUGUUGGAGAAAACAUUUUGUUCAGGUGACAAUCUGAUGACCUUGGUAACUCUGAUGUAUAACCUUUGAUUGAUGUUGCUUUAGUGCAAUUAUUAAUAGUGAUUUUAUCAUUAAGCAUUUCUCCUUGUGCUGUCUAGCCCUUAAAGUGGAUUUCAUGAAACUGUAACAUCUCUCAUCACUGAAAGAUGCAUACAUGUUUCCUUCUCUUAGCAUUGUCAUGAAGCAACUUUGAGACUAUACAGAGGUUUCAAGUCUUAUAAUGUUGAGUUAUGUUUCUUUAUUUGCUUUGAACUUUGCAUUUUCUCUUAUAGUCAUUUUCCCUCUGUUAAAGAUACCAAACAAAAUAAAAGGACAAACAAGCAUGAAAGUAUUGU